GCACUACAUUCCCUCGACCAAGCAUGUGGCGAUAACUCAACGGGUUUCCUCGUUUCUAUUUUUAUUCACUUGCGCGUUUUGGGGUUGAGCCUCGAACGAAACAACAACUCUGCCCAGCCGGUCGGGACUCCUGGCCCCAUUGUUGAUGGCGUGCCAUCGUUUCCAGCAUCUCGAUACCUUCCAAGAUUCCACGGUAUCCUGUGAUCGGUACCUAGGUUCUGGGAUACUCGGCACAUCAUCGUACCGCCGUGUCCUGGUCUUGUUGCCGCAGCGUUGAAGACGGUUUCGGUCGGCGCCGCCCUAGUCCUAGCCGCCUUCCAGUGAGCGGAAGGCAACUCAGGAUGCAUCGAAACCAGCAGAAUAACCGGAUCCUGGAGACUUUUACCGUGAAACCGGGACCAGAAACGGGAUUGUACUACAUUUUAGUUGCCAACCUUGCUCACCGGACGACAUGGAGAGACUUGAAGGCGUUUGCUUCCCAAGCUUGCGAGGUAGAUCAUGCUGAGGUCUACCCUCCAACCUCCGGGUUCGUCCGGGUGAAAGGACGAGCCAACUUUGAGAAAGCAUUCAAAUAUCUCGACGGCAACACGCUUGAGUACCGCGCCCUUCAAGCGGAUGCCCGAAACAUGCAUCAAGCUACCGUCGUCAAGCUCCUGCCAACCGACUACCACGCGACGAAAAUUAUGCGAGGAGACAAUGGGAGGGUUGUUAGCGAACCUGAAGACCCGGUCACCGACUCUAACGAGUCAUCUUCUCAGGGCGUAGGCGCGGCAAUGGGAAGCCCCUACCUGGGUUAUAAUGGGAACGCCAGCCCAACAUUCAACAUGGGGGAUGCACAGUGGGGAUAUGUUACUUCGCCCUCAUAUGGCGCCGGCGGGGGCUACCAGCCAGCUCCGACCGCGCCUCCCACGCCGCCUGGCUCUUUGGGAUACCAUCAAGUGGCUAUUUCGAACCAUCGUUUCAUUCCGCAGCUAACAACCGGGCCUCCGCCCACAUCACACCAAACCAUGGCAAACCCGACACCCGUUUUCGCCGCAUCCGGGGUCACGCAAUAUCAGUACAGUGACCCUGCCGGGUAUUAUCCACAGGGGACGGCCUACGGCGCGAGGGGGCCGGGCUAUGCCGGAUUUGUCCAGCCGGCGGCGACGAACGGCGGCCACGCCUAUGCCACGGGAAACGGCUGGCUGUCCGAGGCGACCCCGUCGCCGCAGCCGGACCAAAUACCCGGCUACGACUACGCCCGCCCGGCCGUCGUACUCGAGCAGCGCAAGAUCAUCAUCCGCGACCUGGAAAGAGAGGGCCUCUCCGAGGCCGUGGUCACGAACCUCCUCGUCCAGCACGCGGGGAUCGGCGUCGCGCCGGGCCAGGUCGAGAAGCUGGAGCUCCCGUUCAACAAGGACGGCAAGGCCAGGGGCACCGCGUACGUCACCUUCGGCACGACGGCGCUUGCCAACGCGGCCGUGGCCGCCCUGGACGGGCGGAAGAUGGGCACGAGGAGGUUGUCGGCGCGCCUGGUCGUCGAGGGCGUCUCGCCGGAUGGGUUUGACAGCAGUAGGUCCGGCCGGCGCCAAGUUGGCGGUGGCGGUGGCGGUGGUGGGAAGUCUGCUGGCCGGGGCUCGAAUUCGAGGGUUGAUGCCGGAAAGCCGCCGAGGUCGACACAGUCGCAAUCACAGCCCCAGUCUCCGUUUCAGUCUUCUCAACCUGCCGAGGGGUUGCCGCAGCCUUCGUACCUGGCCACCUCUGUGUCCGUACCCACGUUCCCAUCCACGACUGGCAGCGGCUGGACGAAGACGAAGGAGGAGCGGCCGGUUAUUGUGGACGGGAGUGGGGGGCGGUUCAAGAAGGAAGCGGCGCCGGUUGUGGUGGACGGGACCGCGGGCAAGAAGGGUGAUGGUGGGCACCGGGGUUCUCGGCGUUGAUUUGAUGAUGCCUCUGUCACUUCCUUUUUGUUGCUAAAGGUUUAGGGAAAGGAGUGGUGGUGUUGGGGUGGGGAAGGAAGGGGAGUUUUGGGAGUGGAAACGGUCGAGUAGAAAAAAAAGGAGACGAUGGCGUUGUGACAGUGGGAGAGAACCUUCAUGUAGUUGCCGCCUUUCCUUGGAUUGAUAGACACUCCCUUUCAGACAGCACGAACUCAAUCAACAUAUCACCCUCCCUUA